GCAUGUAUACUUACUUUAUGAUACAAACAUAUUCUGUCACAGCCACUCGGUCUAUUAAUGAUCACUCCAGCCUGAAUUAAACUGCUAAAGUAUGCUGUCUUAAGCCCUCCGCAAAGAUCUUACAUGAGAUUUUGGCGACGAGGUUGGCAUGGCCUGCUCAUCCUAGCUCAUGGAAUACCAAGACCUCUAAUACUAAAUACGAUGUCGCAUUAGAAGUAAUCCCUUGAGUUGCGCUUUAAUUCUCCGGCUCCUUAAUUUGUCCAUCUGAAGCUUAGGAAGAUCCAAAGCAAAUUUACACCGGCUGCUCCUAGAAUACAACUCGAUCGAGGGCGAUCAAAUCAGGACCACGAUGGAGCAGAAGGUGUAUGUUCACAAUGGAUAAAUGGUGCCAUAUCUAUGAUCAGUAACAUCUAGGUAAAUCAAGUAAAUCAAGGUUAAAAAAUCCAAACCAAAAAAGAUGGCUUAUAAACGUCAUGAGGGCUCCAUAUCUCAUCUGACAGAGAAGGAGUUAUCACCGUCAAUUCCCCGUUUUUUCCAUGUACUGAAUGAUGCUCAUGUCUUACAUGCACUGCGCUUGCCAUCUUCAUUUGCUCCAAAGGUGGAGCACUUGGUGGACCAAGAAAUCCUCCUUGAGGAUUUAUGUGGGCAGAUAUGGCCUGUGACUCUAUCAUAUGUUGACAAUGCAUUAUCAUUCGCAUUGGGAUGGGAAAUAUUUUAUAGGGACCAUGCUCUUGAGGGGGGAUGUUCCUUGAUAUUUAACUAUGUAGGAGAGAGGCACAUGUCUGUUCAAAUAUAUGAUCCAAGUGGUUGCGAAAGAACUUGCUUCACCUAUCCAGUGCGACAACUGAACAAUCAGAACUGCUAUAAUGUUGGGGUUGAGGAGAUUUCUGAAAUGGGAUCAGCUCCUCGAACUGCAGCCAUGGGGAUGCCUCAAAGAAAGGGAGUCUCUAUUUCCGAUAUCCAUAAUGGGUUUGGGAAGCCGAUGGGAGGUAUUGCCAAGGAGAAAAUGGGUGCCUCCGGGCAAGUAAUCCUAACGAAGGUAGAACUUGUGCAUGUAAAACAAGAAAUUUGUUUGGAAGAGGAAAUGGAUGCAACCCCAUCUGCAAAUGCUAGCCACUCAUCAAAGGACCCUAUUAGCCCACCGCCCGUAUAGUGUUUGCUUUCUUUAUUUCACUAUUAAUUACAUCCAAUCUUUUGAAACAUUCUAAAUUCUUGCAUUUGUAACGCAAUAGAG